UUCGCUUGUAUGGUGAGAGUGUCAGCUGACCACACUGGGAAAAUUUGUUAACGAAACUAUCCAGUACAGCCAUGUCUCUUAUCAGUAAUCAAUUUAUUGAUCGAUUACUGCACGUUAAGCGUAUUCUACAGCCGUAUUAUUUCUAAAUCAUCUUACAGCAGUUAUACCCUUGAAUCGGAGACUACUGAAUCGGGUCCGACACCAUGCUAGCCACAGUGACUGCUGUGGUUAGGUUUGCUCAGUACAACGGCAGUGUUUCACCUUCACCACUGGAGAACACAUCAUUGUUCCCAACUUGGCAACCUGACACUGAAGCCAACAUCACCAAGCCUCACCGAUGUCUACAAGUCCUGUAUGAGGACAUCGGAGACUCCAGGGUGAGGUUCUGGGACAUUUUACUGCUUGUGCCUAAUGUGGCCUUCUUUGUAUUCCUGAUGUGGAAGCUGCCCUCAGCCAGGGCGAAGAUCCGACUCACCUCGAGCCCCAUCUUCAUCACCUUUUACUUGCUGGUGUUUGUUGUUGCAGCGGUGGGAAUCACCCGGGCCAUCGUGUCCAUGACUGUCAGUGCCUCCAGUGCUGCCACCAUCAUAGACAAAGUGCUCUGGGAAAUCACUCGCUUCUUCUUGCUGGCUAUUGAGCUCAGUGUUAUCAUCUUGGGACUGGCUUUCGGUCACCUGGAGAGCAAGUCCAGUAUAAAGCGUGUGCUGGGUAUUACUGCUGUGCUGGCCCUGGGAUAUUCCAUCACACAGGGCACGCUAGAGAUCCUGUAUCCAGACAGUCACCUUUCUGCUGAGGACUUCAACAUCUAUGGUCAUGGAGGACGGCACUUCUGGUUGGCCAGCUCCUGCUUCUUCUUUUUGGUGUACUCUUUGAUUGUGAUCUUGCCUAAAACUCCAGUGAGGGAGAGGAUAUCUCUUCCAUCUAAGCGGAGUUUCUAUGUGUAUGCUGCCAUCCUGUCUUUGCUGAACCUUGUCCAGGGCCUGGGCAGUGCUCUGCUAUGUGCUGGAAUCAUAGAGGGACUCUGCUGUGUGGAUGUCACCACCUUCCUGUACUUCUCCACCUUUGCACCGCUCAUUUAUGUCACAUUCCUCAAGGGAUUUUUUGGUUCAGAACCCAAGAUCCUGUUUUCCUACAAGUCACAGGUGGAUGAGCCAGAUGAAAGUGACGUCCACCUUCCCCCAACUGUUGCAUCAACCAUUGGCCGUAAGGAACUGACUGACCAGGGCCUGUACUACUCCUCCACCCAGAUCGAUGGCUCUGGUCCUGGCAGCUCUCGUAUGGUUGGAGCACACCUGGAUGACGUUGCAUCCGGACCCUAUGGAUCCAGCAGCAUUAACAGCAUUGAGGCGGACCGUUGGAGACCUGUCAAUGUGUAAAUAGAAGAAGAGAGAUGAUUAUACAGCUGGACUUAAAUGUUGUCAGUACGUUUUGUGUUAGGUAGGGUGGCAAUCAGAGGAGAUGGCCAAAAACAAAACAAAAAAUGCAGAACAAAGUACACCAAGAAAGUGUAGUCUUGGUCUUGCUUUGACAUCAGGAUAAGUUAACAAGCUGAAACUUGAGAGACCUUUGCCAGCCGAUUUUCUCAAGGACUGAAUUUAGCAACUGCUUUUGUAACACUGUCGCCAGAGUGCACUGCUGCUGUAGCCCCACACUAGGAGUACUGUCCCUCAUUGUGGCCCCGACAGACUCCACAUCGAUUGUUCCACAGCCUCUUAUAUGUGGGAGCCUACUGACUUCUCUCAGCACAUUUUCUGUCAUUCCAGCAUCAUGCAUCAACUGCUCAAUCCUCAGCGAUGAUGUUUUAAACCUUGUUUUAACAACCCAAGUCUUUAAAAUCUACCUAACAUUCUUUUGAUGAUAACUCAUCAACCGUACAUUCUGACUAGAAGCAUUUCAGCUGAUUUCAGUGUCCACUGCCUUGUGUAAAAUUUUUGACUCGACUCGCUAACAAAUCGCCGUGCCUCGUUAUGCAGGGCAAGGACUGCGCUAAUUUGUUUUGACAUGUGUACUUUGUCCUCUGAAAUACGUGCAGCCCCUCAUGUGAACAAGUGAAAGGUGUUAGCUUGAUGUGUGUCACUGCAAUAUGACAAAGAAAUCAGUAACUAAACACAAGCAUUACAUUCAUGUUCAAGAUGACAAAUGUUUUGUUAGGCUCUCUUCAAGGAACGACUCAGACACAAGAGCAUAAAAAUCCAAAUUUUGUCUGAGCCUUAAGCUUGUUUCUCUCCUUCUUUAUUUAUUUUUUGCUUUUGCUUUGAUUUCUUAUAACAGAUUAAUCAUUCCUGCUGCUGAAGGCACAUUUCUUAGCUUCCUAGUCAUGGAUGUGUUUUUACAUGUGUGAAUUGAACAGCAAAUAAGCAGAAACUUUGUUGUGUAUUCCACAUUAGACAAGCCUUCGUUUCAUAUCAGUGUGUCUGAUUCGGCUUUGCUUGCUGCAAAAAGGGCAAAUUUUUAUUUUCUUGCUUAGAUAUUUGUUUUUCCACAGAUUAUUACAGAUGGUGAAAUUAGACAGUGAACAACAUUUUUAUGGUAUCAAAUGAUGGUAUUCAUACAGUUCAUUGUGUAGAUAUUAAUUUUCCCUUUGACCAAGAGAGGCUGAGGCAAUUAUGGGUUUAUUUUAAGACAGUGUCAAAGAGAGGACCACUGGAUUGUUGCCGAGCGAAUUUUCAUUUUUUGAUCAGUUUUGGGAUUGAAUUGUUUGAUUGUUGGUUUAAUUCAUGAAUUUAAUUUUUGUUAUACCUCCUGGUAUUACAACAAUAUCAUACUCAAGUGUUUUUAAACCACCUCACAUCAUAUGAGAAAAAUAUGAGUUUUCCCCUGAUAGUGCUGUAUUAUUUGUAUGGAUCGAUUACCAUAUUUGAGCUAGCAGUAUUCCUAGAUGGUGGUGACUUGUAUGCAGAAUAUGCAGGGUUAAUUUUUCAUCAUUUUAAAGCAACAACAUAGUAAAGAAAUUGAGUAUUUCCAAGAAAUUACAGUAUUUGCCUGACUCUUGAAGUAUUUUUAUUCAAGUAUGUGUGUGGUGAUAACUGCUGUAUUACUUGGAGUUAGAAUAGUGACUGGGAAAUCAGUUUGCUCUCUGAUGCCACAGAUUCAUGAGGUACAUGUUAAGGAAUUGAAGUCCGCUUCCUUGAUACACACGAUGUUUGAUGUUGAAAUAGUUUUGAAAAUGAUCUGUGAAUUGCCUUGUUAUUUAAGUGCAUUGAUUGUACAAUAAUCACCCAAUAUUAAUGCAAUGUAUUGAACAUUCCUUGAGCUGAAGAAUAAACCAUGGACUCAUUU